ACUAAAGCGCUCCCAAACCUCCGUCACAAUGAUGCACAGUCACAAAACGAUGGCCACGGCCUUGAAUCCUCUAAUCACGGCCAUCUGGAGCCUUCUGCACACUUUAUUCACAUGCACCGAAUGGUUGGCGUGGCUGAGUCGCUGGUGCCGACAGACGGUGCUCCAGUGCCUACGUAUUCGAUCGCAGUUCACCGGGGAAAAGUAUCAUCACUUCAUUCGACAGUCACAGACAUUCGUGAGGCAAAACAUGGCACAGGUCACGAAAGUCCCCGUGCAUUUGGUGGUGCUUUUGGGUCUAGAAGAACCGGAUUAUCGGCUACUUACGCAGCUUAUCUUUUGGUCACACGCGGCCGGUAUCCGCUAUAUUAGCUUCUACGAUCAUAAUGGGGUCAUUAAGCGAAAUCACGAGCAAAUGGUGCGCUACGUGAACGCAGCUCAGCUGGAUGAUGCGGACGAUAUUCACUGGACGUCGCCACCGGAAUCGGAACCCCGCCCUGGGCGAUCAACGCCGACGACGACGACGGUAUCGUUCUACUCGCCGGUCGACGGCAAACAAGGCCUGGUGCAGCUGGGUCGCGUGGUUGGAGAGUCCCUGCGCAACCGGAAUCUGCACAUCUCGGAUGUGGACAUCGAGUUUCUGAACGGUCGCCUACAAGCCGCUCAUCAUCACAUUCCGGAUCCCGAUCUGGCGCUGUACUUCGGGGACAUCUGCUCACCGUACGGCCUGCUACCGUGGCAGAUCCGGUUGACGGAAUUUUUGUCCCUUGCGUUGCGUUUGCGGGACAUUAGCGUGCGGCAUUUUAUGAAUUGUUUGCUAAAAUUUGCCCGAUGCGAGCAACGGUUUGGAACGUAGCCCUCGCAAAACUGAAGCCAGUCUAUCCUGAGGGAUAAUCUGCGACACUCGCUCUGACAAUGGCCAAUUGGCUGUGGGGAGGAUUUGGUGUGAAAGUUCCUUAGGCAUCUGUUGCUGGUACCGAUCAUUGUACCGGCAGUUUUUAGUUUUAAAUGCAACAACGGCAUCAUUCCCCGGGGUCGUCCGAUUCCCCUUUUGCUAGGGUACAUUUAUUCAAGCAAUUAGCAACUUUCAUUGGGAACCGUCCACCGUCACGUGGCGAAGUCGUAAUUUGU